GAUGGGGAAGGUGAAUUGAACAUGGCUUCUGAUUUUGGAUCUUGUGAGACCCUUUUGAACUUCAUAAUUCUUUUCUUUUUUCUUUCUUUCUUUUUUUAUCUUUUAGUUUCCCAUAAACAUGAUGGGUUGGGACUGCCAGCGCAGGCCAAGAAAUAGAGCCAGCCACCUAUCAAGAGAGGUCUCUCUCUCUCUCUCUCUCUCUCUCAUAUACAUAUAUUUAUACACACACACACAUAUCAUGUGCCUAUUAUAGCCAUAUAUUGGAUUCAUCAAACUCUUCUCAAGCUUUCCAAGGUAACAAUUCAUUGAGAAGUGUCGAAGGAUCAAGUGAGACAAGAAAGAAAGAUCUGCAAGCUGAUAAAAGCUAUAGAUUUUGAGUCUCCACAAGGCUGCAAUUCAAUGGAUGGUGUGGCUCAGUUGCAAAGACAGUUAGCUGACUACACAGCCUCCUUGUACAAUGAGGGAUUUCUUGAUGAGCAGUUCACUCAGAUUCAGCAACUGCAAGAUGAGAGCAACCCAGAUUUUGUUGUUGAGGUGGUGUCCCUCUUCUUUGAAGAUUCCGAGAGGCUUCUCAGUGAACUGACCAGAGCGCUGGAUCAGCCCACUGUAGAUUUCAGAAAGCUGGAUGCCCAUGUUCACCAGUUGAAGGGCAGCAGCUCCAGUAUUGGAGCACAAAGAGUUCAAAAGGUGUGCAUUUUCUUCCGCAACUUAUGUGAGGGGCAGAAUGUUGAAGGGUGCCUGCAAUGUCUGCAACAAGUGAAGACUGAAUACUCUCUUGUGAAGAACAAGCUAGAAACUCUCUUCAAACUGGAGCAAGAAGUGUUGGCUGCUGGUGGGUCGGUUCCAAUGCAAUGAUAGAGGCAGCCAUCAACAAAUAUCCACCCAUCUUUCUCAUAGCGAAAGUGGGCAUUAGAAUGUGAAUAAUAAGCUCCUUUCCUUCUUUCUUUUCUUUCUUUCUUUUGUUUUUUGGUUAGAGAAACUCGAAGAAUAAGCUUUUCACCUAGCUAUCUAGAUAGCUAGCUACCCUUCUGUAUCCAAAGUUUGGAAUUCUCUCACUGUCGGUCAGUUAUUAAUUCUCUUUCAAGUCUUCUGUUUGGUCAUGAAGUAGAGUUGUACAAAUAACUUCGUACAAAAACGACCUCUCCUUGCCUUCAGAA